AGAAAACGGUAACGAACCUUGCGAUGGUAGCUGCGUGAGAAGCGCCGAAUGUCCGGAAUGCCCAGGCUUAGAGGAGAUUCUUCAAUGCUGCACCGAUUAUCACUCCUACUUUGCGGAGCCCAAGUCCUACGACGGGCCCACGAUGGCGACCUGGAACAACACACUUGCCGAUAUUUUCUGUGGUUGCGAAGACGACACGAGGCCUCCUCCCACAAGUGACCCCUGCAUACCGGAGAUUUAUCAUACCCCACCCCUACCUCACCAACUUGGCGUCUUGCGAAGUAGUUCAGAUCCAUCAAGUGGAUCACGAUCAACACCCCGCUGCAACAACCAGUCCCUCCACACAUCUGCAUGUGGGGAAACUGCCAGCUCGCGUUCUCUACGCUUGCUGAGCUGGUUGGUCACGUCAACUUGCAGCACCUCCGUGGAUCUGGUCUUGUGCAAUCAGAUUUCCCUCCGAUAGGCGAACCCUCUUUUUUCUCUCAGAGUACACUAUCUUGCCACUGGGGCAACUGUGCUAUGUACCCGUCCCCGUCGUCGAUACCAAGCUCUUCGUCAGGACCCGCUGAUCAAGCGAUCGACCUCUUGACAACUCACUUGAUGCAAGACCAUUUGGGCGUCAAUCUGCCUUUCCCUACUACUACCACCGCAGUCUCCCCGCCUCCACUCAACCGUCUUGUUUCACCAUCAGCAAGUCAAGAGGCUGCCUCCAUCCCGUCCAGGUCUCCUCCUCCCGAUUGCCAUACGUGCGGAUGGAAAUCAUGUUCACAGACAUUCGCAUCCUCCGACGAACUUACCGUACAUAUCGCUUCCAUGCACGUUGGAAGUGGAAAGGCCCAUUAUGAUUGUUUCUGGGAAGGGUGUGUGCGAAAUGGAGCCAACGGCUUUUCCAGCAAGCAGAAGAUUUCUCGACAUCUUCAGUCACAUACUGGCCACCGACCAUUCCAAUGCAAAAUCUGCUCCCAAAAUUUCUCCGAGGCGGCCACACUCCAGCAACACAUGCGACGACACACACAAGAAAAACCCUACGUCUGCGAUCAUCCUGGCUGCGGCCGCGCAUUUGCCAUAACAGGGGCAUUGACCAUCCACAAACGUACACACAACGGGCAGCGCCCGUUCAAGUGUACUCAUUGCAAUAAGGCCUUCUCGGAGUCCUCAAAUCUCUCCAAACACCUUCGCACUCACACCGGAGCGCGACCCUAUGAGUGUCCGGAAGAAGGGUGCAAGAAGACCUUCGCCCGACCGGAUCAGUUGGCGCGCCACAUGAGCGUCCACCGCAGAAAAGAUAACUGCAGUAGUGGCUGGGUCCUCGUGAGCUUCUGAACAACAUGAUUUUCGCACAUUUCUAGUGUUUGUACGGAAUAUAACAGCAUUACAU